CUGGCUUUUGGCCGUGCCGCCCGCGAGCGCCGCACGCUAGCGAGCCGCCGCCGCGCGUCGUCGGCUUCCCCUGUCGGGGCGCUGGCUAAGCCUAACGAAGCUUUUCAUCCUGCGGCCCCUCGCGAUGCGAAGAUCUACGCGACCGAGUUGAGCGAAACGCAGCGCGGGGAGGCAUGCCUAGGGGAAAACCCAGAGGACGCCGCGAGACCGGCGACGUCGUGAAAUGGCAGAUCAUCGAGCUCUGGGAAGCGGGCGUGAAGAACAAGAGCGAGAUCGCGCGCCGUCUCCACCUGUCGUGGACGGCCGUCAACCUCUGGGUGCAGCGCUGGGAGAGCGAGGGUCACCUGAAUGUGCGGCCCCGCUCGGGCCGGCCGCGCACCACUUCGGGCGACGACGAUACCACCGUAAACACGUACACGGCCUUCUACGGCGCCGGCGGAGCGACCAAGCCGGCCGUUCAGGUCAAGCUAGAGCGGCCGGACGAAAGGCUUUCGGCGCACCACCACCCUCCGUCGUUCGCGGCCGCCGCUGCUGCGGCUAGUGGUGGUGGCACCGAGCAAUCGGCCGCCAACGGUCCGUUGCCGCUGCUUCCACUGCGUCAACUGACGGAUCCCACUUGCUUCGCGAACCAUCAGAGCGCCUUUAAGAGAAGCUUCGAGACGAACGGCGGUGACCCGCACCAUCCGGCGGAACGGCACGAGGAAGUAGUCGGUCUCGAUCCUCCGCCGCCGCAAAGACUCAGCCUGGCCACUCAGACGGACGGCAGCAGCACGACGCCGCCCUCUGAGGUGGCCGGAUAGCCGAUGCUCGCCCGUGAUGGACUGAAAAUACUUUAUUUAUUGUAGUCCUAAACUACAGCGAGAGUGAUCGGCGCAUCUCAUCCAGCCUUGGGGCUGGGACUGAUUUGGGGAAGCGCGCGCGGCCUCUCAUCAUCGCUUGUGUUUUUACAGAAGCGAUACUUUUUUUUUUUUCGCAGACCGGACGUGCGGCGUGUUUGCGGAAGCGGCGCAAUCUCCUGAAUUGAACUGGACGUGUGUGGAUGUAUGCACGUAGACAUUCCAAAGCGCGGAAAAGAGAGGCGCUUGUUCCUGGUCGUGUCAAAUGCCCGUAGGCUAGUAUUAUAUCAACACGCAUCUAAUUGAAGUGUAAAUAUGCAAGGAUGGUGUGAAACACUUUAUACAGAUUCGUGGGUUUUAUUGUACUUGUCGUGGUCAGCGGCAGCUAAUCGUUUUAUCAACCGCCGCUCUCUUGGCCAGAAGAGUUACCGCUUUUCCGAGAUUUUGGUGGGCUGCACGCUCUUUUGCGACUUUUUCGACUGCAGUACUUUCGAGGCUCUCGCGCUGCUUAUAUUGUAGAGUGUAACGAGCAUGUUUUUACUCAUGUUCCCCUGGUCUCGUAUGCGUAGUUUAUUACUAGAAGCCCGGUGAUUUUAAUAUAUUUAUGACGCAUUGUGAAAUGAAACAUGAACGUGAUCUUUCGGUCUGCUCCGCGCCAUAUUUGCCACGCAAAUAUAUGAGCGAUGUGCAGAUCACUGUCAAUCGUGCAAACUUGAAAGCAUUGUAAUAAACAUAGUGGAGUGGCGAA